AUGGCCAACAGCAAACGCAGGGCACAUAACAAAAGCCGCAUGGGCUGUAAGAACUGCAAGGCUCGGAAAAUCAAGUGCGACGAGAAAAAGCCAUCAUGUUCAAACUGCACCCGGCGCCAGGUCGACUGCGACUUCUGCGUGGUCGGAACACCACAGCCGGGUGUGUCUCCCACCGGCCUGAAUAUCACGGAUCUGGAACUACUCCAUAAUUACACCACCACCACAUAUCUUACUCUCUCAGAAAGCCCAGUCAUCCGAGAAUUCUACCGAAAUACGGUGGUGCAAGUGGGAUUCGACUGCGACUACAUUAUGCGGGCCCUAGGCUGGCCGCGCAAGUCCGAGGACACCCUCUUUCUCCAAGAAAACGCGGGCUUCCCAGACUGGGUGUACCUGCUCCGCGGCACCAAGGGCUUCAUCGAGCUGGCGGGGGUGCCGACCUCAGGCCCGCUGGCGCCGCUGUUUGCGCACUCGGUCGCCCGCUUCAUGGUGCGCGAGGGGCCCGAGGCGGCCGACUCGUCCGGGCACGCCGCGUUGGCCGAGUUGGAGGAGAUCAUGGCGCAGCGGCCGCUGGAGGACGAAGCGUUGAGGGGGGUCUAUCUGCUGGCCAUCGCUGAGCUGAAGAAAUCCUUUGGCCAGGCCGAGGCGUGUGCGGGAAGAUAUGAGAUGGCGGAUGCUUUCGUCUGGGUGUUUCUUAUGGCGGAAGACUUCCUGCCGCUGUUGCGAACGCCGACGCGGGAAGCGGUGUCCAUCUUUGCGUUUUUCUGUGUGUUGUUGAAGAAGUUAGAGGGUCAUUGGUGGAUGCAAGGCUGGGGCGGACAUCUCAUAGCCCACGCGUACAACUUGUUAGACGACGAGGGCCGGUUGUGGAUUCACUGGGCCGUGGAGGAGAUCGGAUGGGUGCCGCCGUCAGCCACAGGACGAUUGUGA